CACCAAAAAAACAGAAAAGUUUCUCUCUCUCCCUCUCCCUCUCCUCUCCCUCUCCGUGCUCUCUGCAUAAGCAAAGCAAUUCAUUUUCAAUAUCUAAAAAUCCUUAUACAACACACGGAGAGAGGGAUUUUGUAAGAUGGCACUAGCUAAAGAAUUCAUGGGUAGUUCUUUGAUUGAUAAAUCAUCAUUUGUGUCAACUUCUAAAGCUGUUUUCUUUAACCAUAAUUUUCCUCAGAAGAAUCAGUUUCUCGUGAGUACUCCUCCAGGUUUUGUGUCUUUACAACAGAGAAAGAUUGUCAAUGUUAAAAGAAUUGUGAAAAAGGGUCCUGUAGCCGCUAUCAGUGAGGAUUUGAUCAAAGCUAAUAAUAGUCAUGAUAUAACUGUGACUGAAAAGGCUGUGAAGUUCAAGGUCAGAGCUGUUGUUACUGUCAGGAACAAACAUAAGGAAGAUUUCAAGGAGACUAUUGCUAAACAAUUGGAUGCUUUUGCUGAUAAGAUUGGGAGAAAUGUUGUUUUGGAGCUCAUUAGCACUGAGGUUGAUCCAAGAAUCAAAGCACCAAAGAGAAGCAAGGCAGCGGUGCUAAAGGAUUGGUCCAAGAAAGCAAAUGUUAAAACAGAGAGGGUCCACUACACUGCUGAGUUUAUAGUGGAUUCUAAUUUUGGGGUGCCUGGAGCAAUUACAGUGAGCAACAAGCAUCAGCAGGAGUUUUUCUUGGAGGAAAUCACCCUUGAAGGUUUUGCUAGUGGUCCUGUGCAUUUUCCUUGCAACUCAUGGGUACAAUCCAAAAAAGAUCAUCCUGGAGAAAGGAUUUUUUUCUCUAAUGAGCCAUAUUUACCAAGUGAAACACCAGCUGGGCUCAAGUCAUUGAGAGAAAAAGAGCUGAAAGAAAUUAGGGGUGACGGCAAAGGAGUUAGAAAAUUGUCGGAUCGGAUUUAUGACUUUGGCAUGUACAAUGAUUUAGGAAAUCCAGACAAGGGUAUUGAUUAUGCCAGGCCAAAGCUUGGAGGUCAAAACAGGCCGUAUCCAAGACGGUGUCGCACUGGGCGUGUGCCAACUGUUACCGAUGUGAAUGCAGAGAGCCGUGUGGAGAAGCCAUCGCCAAUUUAUGUGCCUAGAGAUGAACAAUUUGAGGAGUCUAAGAAGAAAACAUUCUCAGCUGGAAGGCUCAAGGCUGUGCUUCAUACUCUAAUACCAUCCUUGAAGGCCAGCAUUUCUGCUGAGAACCAUGAUUUCACUGCAUUUUCAGAUUUUGACAUCCUCUACAGGGAGGGUCUGCUUCUUAAAGUAGGGAUUCAAGAUGAGAUCUGGAGAAGACUACCAUUGCCAAAGGUGGUCACCACGAUUCAAGAAUCAAGUGAGGGACUUCUCAGAUAUGAUACACCCAAAAUCCUCUCCAGGGACAAGUUUGCCUGGCUGCGAGAUGACGAAUUUGCCCGUCAAGCAAUCUCAGGGGUUAACCCUGUCAACAUUGAGAGUCUGAAGGUCUUUCCACCAAAAAGCAAUCUUGAUCCCGAAACCUAUGGUCCCCUGGAGUCUGCCCUAAAAGAAGAGCACAUUAUUGGCCAUCUGAAUGGCAUGUCUGUUCAAGAGGCCCUGGAGGAAAACAAACUGUUUAUAGUGGACUAUCACGAUGCUUAUCUCCCAUUUUUAGACCGCAUUAAUGCCCUUGAUGGUAGAAAAGCAUAUGCAACUCGUACCAUAUUUUUCUUGACCCCUCUCGGUACACUUAAGCCCAUUGCUAUAGAACUUAGUCUUCCACCUACUGCACCAAGUGCCCGAUCAAAGCGAGUAGUUACACCUCCAGUUGAUGCAACCACUACCUGGAUAUGGCAACUUGCCAAGGCUCAUGUUUGUUCAAAUGAUGCUGGGGUUCAUCAGCUGGUUAAUCACUGGCUACGUACGCAUGCCUGCCUGGAGCCAUUUAUACUUGCAGCACAUCGACAGUUGAGCUCAAUGCACCCUAUCUUUAAGCUUUUGGAUCCACACAUGAGAUAUACCCUAGAGAUCAAUGCCUUAGCCCGCCAAAGCUUAAUCAGUGCUGAUGGUGUUAUUGAAAACUGUUUCACGCCUGGACGCUACUGCAUGGAGAUUAGUGCUGCUGCAUAUAAGGACUGGCGAUUUGAUAUGGAAGGCCUUCCUUCUGAUCUCAUCCGCAGGGGUAUGGCUGUACCUGACCCAACACAACCACAUGGCUUAAAGCUUCUACUUGAGGAUUAUCCAUAUGCUCAAGAUGGGCUUCUAAUCUGGUUUGCCAUAGAAAACUGGGUCCGCACAUACGUGAACCGAUACUACCCAAAUUCAAGCAUAGUUGGUAAUGACAGAGAGUUACAAGCUUGGUAUGCCGAGUCUGUCAACGUGGGCCAUGCCGAUCUCCGGCACGCAGAUUGGUGGCCCACAUUAGCCACCGUUGAUGAUCUUGUCUCAAUCCUCACAAUCCUCAUUUGGCUAGCAUCUGCUCAACAUGCAGCACUCAAUUUUGGGCAGUAUCCCUAUGGUGGGUAUGUGCCGAAUAGACCGACCCUCACGAGAAGAUUAAUCCCAGAAGAAACUGACCCGGAGUAUGAAAGUUUCAUAGAAGAUCCACAAAAAUAUUUCUUGUCUGCAUUGCCAAGUCUGCUACAAGCAACAAAACUUAUGGCUGUGGUGGACACCUUAUCAACACACUCGCCGGACGAGGAAUACCUAGGUGAACGACAGCAACCAUCGACUUGGUCAGGUGAUGCUGAAAUGAUCGAGUCAUUUUAUGAGUUCUCUGCAGAGAUGGGACGGAUAGAGAAGGAGAUCGAGAGAAGGAACAAAGAUCCUAAGCUUAGGAACAGGUGUGGUGCAGGGGUUUUGCCAUAUGAACUGCUGGCACCUAGCUCAGAGCCUGGAGUAACAUGUAGAGGUGUGCCAAAUAGCGUGUCUAUAUGAGCCCAAAAUGGGACCUAAAGCUGUUAUACCAGGUGCCUUUGAAUUGGCUCAAGACUGUAGCCAGUCCUGGCAUAGGACCAUUUUUAUAUAGUUGUAUCUUACAUAAUCUGUUAGUAUUACAGGGGGCACUUUUAACAUAGGAAUCUAUAUGCACUUGCAAUAUGCAUAUGCAUAGCUCUGUAUCAUAAUCUUAUGCUGUUAUUAA